AUGGUAGAAAUGUUAUUACCAUUGAAAGGCUUGUUGCAGUUAGAAAUGCAUCUUUUGGUCAAGGCGUGUUUUGGGUUAUGUGCAACAGUUUAUUUUGGCCGUGCAAAGGCUUUGGCCUAUGCAAUGGCCUCCUUUUCAGCUCGAUCAAAUACCAGUGAUAUUAGAAUUGAUUUUGUGAUUCCAGAAAAGGCUGAGAAAUUUAUCAAUGCGACAUGGGGCUUUGAUAGAUUUACACGUCGUGUUAAUGAUUGGAGGCUUAGGAUCUUAGAGGACGAUAAAUUGCAUGGUACCGGAUACCUUUCGCGGAAAAGCUGUUAUUUAGUCGGCAAGAGUCCGCUUGCUGACAUUGAUCUUGUGGAUCAGACAAAAAUAGACAAAAAGCAGCCUGAUGGCAACAUUAAAAAGCAAUUAAGCCUUUACUUAUGGGAUGCUGGAACCGGCGACGGAACCUACAUUAAUGGUGAACUCAUUGAACCUGAACGCUACUACGAACUCAAGGAAAAAGACAAAAUUAAGUUUGGCAAGGGCAGCAGGCGAGAGUACCUUCUGUUGCACGGAAAAACGUUACCGUAA